AUGCAUAAGUUUUCUACCGAAACUUUUCAGAGUCUUUGCUCUUCUAGCUCGGAGCAUUAUGUCUGGCAGAUUGCCAUUCCCCGCCUGGCUCUUCGGUAUGAUUUUUUAAUGAAUGGAAUUUUGGCCCUAGGGGCUCUUCAUAUUGCCGCCACAAGUGAGCCACCCGAGUCGCUGGUGUAUAUUGACAUCGCCCUCCAAUAUCACAAUCUCACAUUUGCGCCAUAUCGCGCAGCUGUCGACCAUAUCAACCCAAUGAACUGCGAGGCUGCGCUGGCGCAGUCAAUUAUCACGACUGUUAUAGGUAUUGCUCUACCAAGAGUUACUGCUUCCCGUGGAGAAAGUUCAAGCAUAACGGAGAAUAUUGUCGUCGUAUUUGAACUCCUGCAAGGCGUGAAAAAAAUCCAUCGGAUUGGUGAAUCGUGGAUCAAAUUAGAGCUCUUUACCCGUCGAAGAAAAUAUUGGGAAUCUGGUCCAGUCACUAUAGAUAGUGACACACAGGCUGCUCUGGAGCGACUCGGUACCUUAAAUGAUGAGACACUCGCCAGUAUCGACCCCGAUCAACAUCGGGUCAAUAAAGAUGCUAUUGUCUACCUGCAGCACUUCUCAGCCAGAGUUGCUGAUUCUCUUGACCCUGCCAACGUCUUGGCCUGGCUCGCUACAAUCGACAAAGAGUUUGUGGCUAAUGUGCGACAACGACGGCCUUUGGCAUUAUUGGUCCUCAUGCACUGGGGUGUGUUGCUUGGGGAGCUUGAUGGUGAGCGUUGGUGGGCUCGAGACUCAGGUCGGGCAUUGGUCUCUGAAUUACUGGAUGCAUUGCGUUCAAGAGACGUGGAAUGGGCUAACGCUUUUGCUUGGCCACGGAAAAAGAUGGGACUCUGA